CUUCGUUGGAUCACUAUAUGCUCAUUCAGACACGCUCUUUAUUCCUGAGAGUGCUCGUUCCUGUUGCACCCUUUCCAAUUCGACUCACGAGGGUUAAGGCUGAAUUACGCCAUAGCUACCCGCAGAGCCCCACCGCUCCUCCGCGUCACCCCACCUUGACAGCCCCGCGAUUCAAUCGGCCUCCCACGCCGCAAUGUCGUUCUCCGCCGCCCCGCGUCUGCUGCUGCGGCCACCGCUGCUGCACCCGCUCCGUCCCCGCCUCCACCGCGGCUUCCGCGCCUCCCCCUCACGCUCCACCUUCCUCGACGCCACGACCACCGUCCUAACGACACUACACAGCAGCAGCGGCCUGCCAUGGGCGUUCAUAAUCCCACUCAGCGCAUUCACCCUCCGCCUGGCCCUAGUCCCCCUCACCCUAUACACGCGCACGGUCACAUCGAAGAUCAUCACGCUCUCCCCCCUCCAAGAAGCGCGCACCCACCAGCUCGCAAAAGCGUACGCGAAGACCUCGGACCCGCGGGAGUGGGAGAAGCACGUGCGCCAGCACGCCGCCACCGUCCGCAAAGAGAUGUGGGCGCGCUGGGGAUGCCAGCGCUGGAAACUCUACCUCCCCUUGCUGCAGCUGCCCGUGUGGGUCGGCAUGUCCGCUACAUUACGCGCGCUGCUGCCGGGUCACCACGCCACCGACGAGACCUCUGCCGAGGUCGUCGAGAAAACCGCCGACUGGAUCGUUACCGCGCUGGGCGGGCUCACCCCGCCCGCCCCAGCGCCUCAGGGCCUGCUGAGCGAGGGCCUGCCGUUCGCGCUGGACCUGACGCUGCCGGAUCCCACGCUCACGCUGCCGCUGCUGUUUUUUGGCGCGCUCGCGGGGAACCACCUGCUACAGAGCUACACUGGCCCGCCGCCGACGACGGCACGGCAGCGCGUGUUCAGGAAUUCGCUCGGUGUGCUCACGAUGGUUAUGGGGCUGGUGGCGGUGCAGGCCCCCGCCGCGCUCGUGUUGUAUUGGAUGAGUUCUGCUGGGUUUAGUUUGCUGUUGAAUGCGGCGUUGCAUGUGUAUAGGCCGCUGCCACAGAGGGUUGAGAGGUGUAAGGGAGGCGCGAUAGAGGAGGGGAAGAGGCUGAUGAAUGCGGAGGCGGUGGUGUUGGGGGGGAAGGUUGUGGGCUAG